GCUAUAUAGUCAAAGUGGCUCGCAAGAACGCGAGAUAUCAAAUAUGGGACGUGAAAUGUUUAAAAGAAGGUCAGAAGACUUUUCUAAGAAACCUCGACAACAAAGGCGCUAUAAAUAUCUGCAAGGAGUACUAUAAUUCUAUGGAUGUAAUAGUGGAGGGACAACGUACUAUGCAGUUAGAAAAGUUGUUGAAAGAGAGGGAGAUUCCUUUCGAUGUGACGGUGACGGAUACAACUCAAUGUUCUUCUCCCAAUCGUGUACGAAGCCCCAUCAGUACGAGUAUAACACAACGUCCGCGUUCGCCAAUAAAACGAUCAAUGGAUUGGAAAGAUUAUUAUCCUUUGGAUAUAAUAUAUAGUUUCCUGGAUGCUUUGGAAAGAAUCUAUCCUUCCACUUGCACUAUUACUAUAAUUGGAAAAUCUGUAGAGGGUAGAGAUAUUAAAAUGUUAAAGAUAUCUAACAGUAAUGCAUCUAACACUGCUGUAUGGUUAGAUGGAGCUAUUCAUGCACGGGAAUGGAUUAGUACAUCUGUUGUUACAUACAUAGCUGAUCAUAUUGCUAGAAGUUUCGAAAAUCUUCCUAAUAGUAUUACCAAUAAAGAUUGGUACUUCGUUCCAGUAGUAAAUCCGGAUGGUUACCAUUAUACGCAUACACUAGAUCGUAUGUGGAGAAAAAAUAGAUCUCGAGAUGGUAAUAAUAUUACAACUGGUGUCGAUUUGAAUAGAAAUUUCGGAUACAAUUGGGGACGGACCGUCGGUGAAUGUAAUGAUCCCUACCAUUUGAACUAUCGAGGUACAGAAGCGUUCUCUGAACCGGAAACUUCAGCUAUAAAGGAUUUAAUUUUUUAUUCUGGAACACAGUUCAAGAUAUUCUUAACAUUUCAUGCUUACAGUGAAGUAAUUGCAUUCCCAUGGUGUCACACUGCUGAUCCCUGCCCUGAUUAUGUAACUUUAUUGGAAGGAGGUACCAUUAUGGCUAAGGCUAUCUACGAGACAAGCGGUCGCAUGUAUAAAGUGGGAAACUUCAAAGAUAUCAUGUACUACGCUUGUGGUACAAGUAUUGACUGGAGUUACGGUACUGCUCAUAUACCAUUUUCCUAUCUCGUCGAGUUAAGAAGUAAGGAGCACAAAUUUUUAUUACCAAAAGAAGAAAUUGAAAUUUGUUGCAAAGAGGUUCUAAGUGGCAUCAAAGCAUUAGCCGAGUUUGUAGAUAAAAAGAAAUUUUUCAAUUGUAUUGUCUAGAAAAACUCGAUAAUUUUAUAUGCGAAUUGUUUUUAUUCUAUU